AUGGCCGACACCAGACCCCAUACUGUUCGUGACAAGAACUUGUCGCCGCAGACGCUUUCAAGCUUUGAUGGAACAGAGACUGAUCCUCGGCUGCUAGCGCUUCAAGAAGAGCUGCGAAACGUUCUCUUCGUUGGUGUAGCUAACCCGCCAGCCAGCCAACAUCCGUCUUCCCCUUCGGCUGGUCUUGGAGAGUCGGCUUCGAAGCAGGAUGGAUUCGACUUUACUCAGACGACAGUCCCCAAAACCCGUAUCAUUAAGCAUCUGAAGAACUGGAUAUCAGAAUGUGCCCCUCAUUUUGAUAAAUUUGACGAGGCUCGUCACUUCGGCAUCCACAUACCAAACAUCGCUCGGACCUCACCAGCACUAUUUUAUGCCAUGCUAGCCUUCUCUGCUACGCAAUCAGAGAGGAAAAAGCAUCUUAGUGGAACUCUUGAUAGCCUGGAAUUCUAUCAAGCGUCUAUUGAGUUCUUAAAAACAGAACUACGCGAGGGAAACGCGACCAGCCUGAUGACUGCCUGCAUUCUAGCCUGCUUAGAACUAAUGUCCGGUAACUCUAAGAAUUGGAGACGCCAUGUGGAAGGAUGUGCUGCUCUGUUUGAGGCUUCCGGAGUAAAUGGCUUCUCCGGUGGUCUUCUCCAGCCAGUCUUUUGGUGCUACGCGCAUAUGGAUCUUUGCGGCGCCAUUAUUGCAGAUGGCAUGAAGAGCAGUGUACUUGGAACUGAUAAAUGGAUUCCCAAAUCACUAGCCAACUCACCUAAUGAGAUACGAGACAUGUUUCAUCAUACAAGCCGGGACAACCCCGAUAUGCAUGCAAACUGGGUGGUCUAUCUAUGUGCCAAAGCUUGCGAUCUGGCUUGCGGAAGACACAAGUUCUUAGAGCAAGACCAGCAAGAGGAAGCCGGCAGUCAGCCAUUUAACGAGCAGUGGAACCAGUUAUGGAAUGACUUGGAAUAUUGGGCUGAGGCUCGUGGUCCUGCAAUGCUACCGGUCAAAACUAAGGCGGCUACUGGCCAGGGAUUUCCUGAGAUACUCUAUGCUCAUCACGCGGCCAUCUCUGCAAACCAACUACGCCAUGCCGCCUCAAUCAUAAUGCUAGAGAUACAACCUCAAGAUAGAGCAGGCCUCUGUUCGGAACCACACUGGUCCGCUUUGUGGCAUGCUCGACAUAUAUGUGGCAUCUCUUUAACGAAUUCACACGCAGGAAGUCUUGUCAAUGCAAUUCAGCCUCUCUUUCUGGCGGGAAGGCUGUUUACUCACCCCAAGGAACAUUUUACCAUUGGUAAACUGCUCAAGUUUAUUGAAGAUACAACUGGAUGGGGCACGCUGUGGAGGGUGGCAGAUUUGGAACAAGCCUGGGGCUACAGGCGCGGAGACAUAUUGUCGUGCAUUUAA